UUCAAUGUGCAGUCCCUAGGUUCGCUAUACAAGCAGUUUGAAACGCUUCCCCAAGACCUGCGCCGCUACCAGAUCAAUAUCCUUGGCCUCCAAGAGACCAAGAUGUAUGAGCUGGGGCGCUUUGAGGUCGGAGACUACUUACUACUAACGUUGCCGGCACAGGAAGAGCGCUACCGAGUUGGAUUUGCCAUCUCUCCUCGCGUUACUCCUUACUUCCGUCGGUGCUGGGCUCACAGCGACCGUAUCGGCAUCUUGCAGACCUUCGAGCAGCCAUGGACCAAUUCCCCCGCAGAGAUAUCACCAUGAUUACCGGAGACUUUAACGCAAAACUCGGGCAGAAAACAACCGGAGAAACGUUUCUCGGGCCUCAUGCACGAGGCACGCGUAACCGGAACGGCCACCUCAUGGCUGCCUUUUGUGAUACUUAUCAACUCUUUGCUACCAAUACAGCCUUUCCCAAGCGAGCGAAAAACAAGACCACCUGGAGCCAGCGCAAGCGGUCACACUGUGUCUACAAUCAAAUCGACUACGUACUCUGCCCUCAGAGUUGUCGACGGUUCUGUCUAGAUGCCCAGUCCUGGGGUGGGGCCAUCACCCCGUCCGACCACAAGAUCGUCACCGCGGACUUUGAGCUCAAGCACAUCCGUCGCCUCCGGUUUCCGUCGCGUCGCACAAGCGGCACAACUGUUCACCUCGCACGCAGCGAGUUAGUUCACAGCGACGACUCCAGAACCGCUUACGCAUCAGCCGUUAAACGGAUCCUACCCCCGCAGACGCUGACGAUGGAUCCACUAUCAACCUGCAAUGGGAGGACACUUUUGCGAAGCUACACGAAGCAGCAUCGCAUACCAUCGGGUUUUCUUCGCCGGAUCGACGACGCUGCCGCAGCUUCGACGAUCCGCUGCUCGCCGCGCUGUCCGAGCAACAACUCCAGCUCCGGCUCCGCAUUUACAACGACACAUCGGCCAACACAGACCUGCUGCGCUCUCAGCGAAACAAGAUCCUACACCAGAUCCGUACUCGCUGCUGUGACCUCGCUAACAUGGCCCUCGACGAAAAGGUUUCACGCAUCGAGGCUUCAAGCGACUCUCACAAAAUGUUCGUUGCCGUCCGCGAUCUCGCCCGCAAACCGACACAGCAGCUUCUAAUUCAAGACUCAUCAGGUAAGUAUAUACUUCACAGCAACGCAGCUAACAAAAUUGUCCGAGAUCACUUCCAAGAACAGUUUCUAAAUCCAGAUCAAGCUCAAGUAUCGCCAGACCCAACCGCUCAACCCCUCGACUGCCCAAUCACGCCGGACGAAGUCCGUGGUGCCCUCCUUCGACUGAACAACGGUC